UUACCAUCACCACCGUAUUAUUCUUCUCUCUCCUCAAAACAAGGUGUUUUGAUCAAGGCUUUUGGAAUUUGAUCUUGUGAUGGAGAAGAGUAAAAAAUUGCAGAAGAGCUACUUUGAUGUGUUGGGUCUGUGCUGCUCCUCUGAAGUACCACUCAUUGAAAACAUCUUAAAGCCACUUGAAGGAAUCAAAGAGGUUUCUGUCAUAGUUCCUUCACGAACUGUCAUUGUUCUGCAUGACACUCUUGUCAUUUCGCAACUUCAAAUCGUUAAGGCAUUGAAUCGAGCGAGAUUAGAAGCUAAUAUCAGAGUACAUGGAGAUCAAAAUCAUGGAAAAAGAUGGCCAAGCCCUUAUUCAAUUGUUUCGGGUGUUUUACUUUUGGUUUCUUUUCUGAAAUUUGUGUACCCUCCUUUCAAGUACGUAGCACUUGGUGCAGUUGCUGCUGGUAUUUACCCUAUCGUCCUAAAGGCCUUUGUCUCCAUUCGUAAUGUUAGGGUUGACAUUAGCAUUCUCAUGAUCAUAGCAGUUAUUGGGACAAUUGCUAUGGAUGAUUAUUUGGAAGCUGGCACCAUCGUUUUCCUCUUCUCAAUUGCAGAAUGGCUAGAAUCAAGGGCAAGCCACAAGGCAACUGCAGCAAUGUCGUCUUUGAUGAACAUAGCCCCUCAAAAAGCAGUCAUAGCUGAAACGGGAGAGGUUGUGGAUGCUGAUGAGGUGAAAGUAAACACCAUUUUAGCUGUUAAAGCAGGUGAGGUGAUACCCAUUGAUGGAGUUGUUCUAGAUGGAACCUGUGAAGUUGACGAGAAAACUUUGACUGGGGAAUCAUUCCCUGUGGCAAAACAAAAGGAUUCUAUUGUAUGGGCUGGCACCAUCAAUUUGAAUGGUUAUAUCAGUCUGAAAACUACUGCACUGGCUGAAGAUUGUGUGGUGGCUAAAAUGUCAAAACUUGUGGAAGAAGCUCAAAACAGCAAAACAAACGUUCAGACAUUGAUUGAUAAGUUUGUCAAGUUUUAUACUCCAGCCGUUGUAAUCAUAUCAACCCUUGUAGCAGUGAUUCCACUUGCCUUGAAAUCACGUAGAGAGAACUACUGGUUUCACUCAGCGUUGGUUGUUUUAGUGAGUGCAUGCCCAUGUGCACUCAUCCUUUCAACUCCAGUUGCAACCUUUUGUGCUUACACCAGAGCAGCCACAUCAGGUCUUCUCAUCAAAGGGUGUCAUCAUCUUGAAACACUUGCAAAAAUCAAGGUCAUGGCCUUUGACAAAACAGGUACCAUAACGAAGGGUGAUUUUGUGGUCACAGAGUUUCAAUCUCUUUCAGAUGACUUGGAUUUCAACACAUUGCUUUACUGGGUGUCAAGUGUAGAGAGCAAGUCAAGCCAUCCACUGGCAUCUGCCGUUGUUGAUUAUGGAAGGUCUCUCUCCGUUGAACCAGAGCCAGAAAAGGUGACAGAAUUUGAAAACUUUCCUGGGGAAGGAAUUAGUGGAAAAAUGGAUGACAGAGUUAUUUACAUCGGAAAUAAAAAAAUUGCCGCAAGAGCCGGGUCUGAAACAGUUCCAAUAUUACAAAGAGAAAAUGUAAGAGGAAAAACCACUGGAUACAUAUACUUAGGAGCAACCCCAGUUGGAUUUUUCUCUCUUUCAGAUGUUUGCAGGUUAGGUGUUGAGGAAGCAAUUGGGCAGUUGAAGUUAAUGGGAAUCAAAACAGCCAUGCUCACUGGAGACAGUGAAUCUGCUGCAAUGCAAGCACAGGAGCAGCUGGGACAUUCUCUGGAAUUAGUCCAUGCAGAACUGUUGCCAGAGGACAAGGUGAAAAUCAUCUCAGAAUUUAAGAAAGAAGGUCCGACAGCCAUGAUCGGUGAUGGUAUAAACGAUGCGCCGGCAUUAGCUUCCGCUGAUAUUGGAAUCUCAAUGGGCAUUUCAGGUUCUGCACUUGCAAGUGAGACCGGCAAUAUAAUUCUUAUGUCAAAUGACAUUAAGAAGAUACCUGAAGCCAUUAAACUUGCAAGAAAAACACGAUGGAAAGUGCUUCAGAAUAUUAUUUUGUCGAUCACAACCAAGGCUGCAAUUAUUGGUUUGGCCAUUGGUGGUUAUCCAUAUGUUUGGGCAGCAGUGGUUGCUGAUGUUGGAACGUGUCUAGUGGUUAUCUUCAACAGCAUGUUACUUCUUCCAAGAGGCCAUAAACAUGGAGGAAAAUCUUGCAGAUCUUCAACUAAGUCUCAUAACCACAAAAGUGGGUGUGGUGGCACUCAUGACCAUGAUCAUGCUCACCACCAACAUCAACAUUGUCAUGAUCACCAUCACCAUCAACACAAGCUUGAGCAUGAUCACCACCAUCAACAUAAGCAUGAGCAUGAUCACCACCAUCAACAUAAGCAUGAGCAUGAUCACCACCAUCAACAUAAGCAUAAGCAUGAGCAUGAGCAUGAGCAUGAGCAUGAGCAUGAGCAUGAGCAUGAGCAUGAUCUUCAUCAACAUCAACAUGGUCAUGAGCAUGAUCACCACCAGCAUCAACAUGAGUAUGAUCACCAUUACCACACCGAUAACCACUGCCACCCUAUCCCUGUUUGUGAAAACCUGAAAGACCAUAAAUGCAGAAGUGUUUUACAUUGCAAUCAAGACAUGAAUCAUAACAAGUCAGUUUGUCAUCCAGAAAAUGAGAAGAAUGAGACAGGUGAAAUAUCCGUUGGCAUCAUCGUUGAACGUGUUGAAUCAGCCCCAAUGAAAGGUUGUUCAAGUUUGACAGAAAAAGAGAAAGGUUCCUGCUGUGAAGGCUGCUCAGACACGUGCGAGAAUUUGGUUAUUGUGUGUGACUGUGAGAGUUCAAAAGAGGGAGAAGACAGUGCAUGUUGCAGAAAUGAAUGUUCUUCAAAAGCAUGCAACGAAUCUUCAAUUAUUCAUGGUUGUGUUGGUUUGGAUAAGAGAGAAUAUGGUGGAUGUUGCAAGAGCUACAUGAAGGAAUGCUGUGGCAAACUUGGACACUCAAGAACUGGUUUUGUUGGAGGUUUGUCAGAAAUUAUGACAGAAUAGAUGUGACAGCAUAAGCAAAAGAUGUCAUGCUUGUCCUUGCAAAAUUAUAUUUUAAGUAGCAGGUUCUUGGUGGUACAUAGUUUCAGGAAUUAAUUGAAAUGAACAAAAUGAUGUUUGCGACCUCCAUUUUACCAGACAGGUCUGCGGGAGCUUGAUAUCAUCAGUUAGAUUUUUCAGUAAAUCUCAUAUGUGUUUUAAGUUGGGGAAGGGAUUUUGAUUUCUUCUUAAAGUUGUUUAUGUACAUGUUCAGGGUCUUUUUUUU